AUGUCAUCUCAUUUUGUUGAUUGGUUGAUUGCUCACGGAUAUGAAUCAGAUGCAUUCGAUCGUCCAGAUGUUGGACCAAACGGAAGUUUCGGUGGAAAGAGAAGAUCAGGUGAUCCAGUUGAAAAGGAGCCAGUUAUAUUCAUUCAUGGCUCUGGAGAUGCAGCUCUUUUCACUCAACAACCAUUGGCAACUGGUUUCAGCCGAAGUAUUCAAUACUUUUUGGAACAGAAUUAUACAGAAGCUGAGUUAUAUGCAACCACUUGGGGAGAUACAUGGGGAAGUGGUUCUAUGUUGGAUACUUACUCCACUAUUCACACUUGUGGAAAUCUGAUUUAUUUGAGAAGAUUCCUGGAAGCUGUAAUUGGUUACACUGGCGCCAAAAAAGUAGACAUAAUUGCUCAUUCAGUUGGUGUUCCUCUGAUGAGAAAAGUUGUUAAAGGAGGAACUUUAAUUGGAACAGACGGAAAUUGCACGUUGGGACCACCACUUGGAGCAAAAGUUGAUACAUUCCUAGGAAUUGCUGGUCCAAAUUUCGGUCUUUGCGUCUGUCAACUUGCUCAGACUGUACCUGCUUGGUGCAACGCUUUGGAUGGUUUGUAUCCUGGAUAUACUUGUCAAGAUCAGUUAUGGUGUGGAUAUACUUCUGGAAGUUGCAAACAGGAAAAUUACUCAAAUCUUCUUCAAAAAACGAAUGAUGAUCCGAACCGUGAAGGAGAUCAUGUCUAUGCAAUGUGGAGUGAUGUUGAUGAAGUUCUUUUGAAUCGUGGAAUGGUUUGGGGAAAACCAACAGCCAGAAUUCCAGGAAUGAAUGGAAGAUGGAUCAGUGAUCGUAAUGGACACGUGGCAAUGAAAGAUCUUACAGAAUUGAGACAAUUUGAAGCUAUUGUUCAUCACUCAAUUUGA